GUCAAAAAAUGAGAUUUGUUUUGUUGUUAAGAUUGUAAUUUUAAUAGUUUUGAAAAGUAUUAAAAAAUACUAUAAUGUCUUUACAUUCUACGGCAAUUGAUUCAAAUCUGUAUACAUAUGAAUAUUUUCAACAAGAUGAUGUAUGCAGAUUAUGCUGGAACAAACAUGCAGAAAGGGAAUUAAUUUCUAAAAAUUCAGACGAUAUAACUUUUAUUAAAAACCAGUUAAUAGAUAAAAUACUUUAUUGUUUAAAUAUAGAUAUAACAGAAGUGGAUCUCCCGAGUAAAGCAUGUGAAAACUGUGUCGAUCUCCUUGAUAAGUUUUACGAUUAUAAAAUAUUUUGCAGCGAAACCGAUAAAAAGCUUCGCGAAAUUUUAUCAGGUAAAUCAAAUGAUACAAACGAAAGUUGUGUUAAAUUAGAGAACAACACAUUUGAAUUAGAAAACGCUGAUUAUUUCGAGACAUAUUUUACCGAUUUGAACAACACUAGUAGCAUUUUAGAAACGGAAACAUUAUUAAAACAUGUUAAAGAUAAAAAAUGUAGAAUUAAAUCGAAAUACAAGCCUAUACGUACAUCAACAUAUUGUAACAUCUGCAGAAUUGAUUAUAAAACUACAGACAGUUUUACCGAGCAUAAUUCUUCAUAUCAUGGUAUUGAAAAUGGUUCAUAUAAGUGUUUUGGUUGUGAAAAGAAAUUUAAAAAUAGAAAGACUAGAUUAGGACAUGAGAUUAACUUCUGUAAAGGGUUAAAAGAUGGCUAUAAAUGUAAUAUUUGUAAUAAACAUCUACCGAAACGCAGGACAUAUGAAAACCAUAUGCGCGCACACAGAGACAAUGUUAAUACAGAGAUAUCUGAUGAUAUAUUUAAGUGCUUAAAAUGCUACAAGUUAUUUGAUACAAAAACAAGUUUAAAGAAACAUAUGGAAGUACAUGAGGCAGAGAAAAAGAAUUUUGUUUGUGAAAGUUGUGGGCGCAUAUUUACUCGGCAGGAUUAUCUAUACAAGCAUAAACUGACGCAUACAGGUAUCAAACAGCAUGUAUGCCCGCACUGCGGCUUUCGUACAACACAGAAAUCUUCCCUAACUGUACAUAUCAGAAAGCACACAGGCGAGCGUCCGUACGUAUGUGAUGUUUGUCCUCAACGAUGCGUCUCCAGUUCCAAUCUCCGCGCGCAUCGUCGACGGCAUCUCGGUCUAAAGAACUAUGAGUGUACGAUUUGCAGUAAGAAGUUUGGUUACAAGGUAAGUUUAGAGGAACACGUGGCGUCGUCCCACGAGCGGUCGCACAGCCACGCGUGCGCGCAGUGCGGCGCCGCCUACACACGCCCGCGUGGCUUGAGACGACAUCUACUCAAACAUACAAAAAAUACCGAUGUAGAUAAUGAAAAUGUUCAAAAAGAACCGGAGACUCAAUUUGUUGUAUGACUGAUUAAAAAAUAUAAAAGUU